AUGCUCUCUUCUGUUCUCAAAGCGGCCGCUCUGGCCUUGGCCGUCACCCCAGCCUCUGCCAUCUGGCCCAUCCCCAAGACCAUCUCGACGGGCAACUCGACCCUGUUCAUCGACCAAACGGUCGCCGUGACCUACAAUGGCAAGCCAGUACGAAAAUUCCACCCCGACUCCCACUUCCUGUAUCAAGUAGCUAAAGACUCUAUCUACGCGCAGCUGACCUAUGCCGUUGGCUACACGCCUCCGCCCGGCCCCAACUUUAAGAGCUCCGACAUUGUCCAGGGCGGCGUGGAGCGUGCCUUUUCGGCCAUCUUCCAGGACGGACUGGUGCCAUGGAUGCUGAGGGAGCGCGGCUCCGACUUUGAGCCCAAGCAGAGAGACGACACCAAGCGCAUCGCCAAGCUCACCAUCACCCAGACCGAGGAGGACGACGAGAGCACAUUCAAGCCCGUCGCAGGCAGCCUUGACGAGUCCUACUCACUCAAGGUCGGUCUGGAUGGCGAGGCGACACUCAAGGCGGCAUCGUCCACCGGUGUUCUGCGCGGCCUGGAAACCUUCUCGCAGCUCUUCUACAAGCACUCGUCCGGCUUGACAUUUUACACGCAGCACGCACCCUACGAUAUCGAGGAUGAGCCACUCUACCCCCAUCGUGGCAUUCUGAUGGACGUCUCCCGCCAUUGGUUUCCCCUCGAGGAUAUCAAGCGCCAGAUUGACGGUCUCGCGAUGAACAAGAUGAACGUUUUGCACUUGCACAUUACAGACACUCAGUCCUGGCCCCUAGAGGUGCCUUCGUUGCCCAAGCUGACCGAGAAGGGCGCCUACGCCCCCCACCUCACCUUCUCGCCAGCCGAUAUCCAGGACCUCUACGAGUACGGCGUACACCGUGGCGUCCAGGUCAUCAUGGAGAUCGAUAUGCCCGGACACGUGGGCAUCGACCAAGCCUACCCAGGCCUUACCGUGGCGUUCAACAAGCAGCCCUACCAGUGGUACUGCGCGCAGCCUCCCUGCGGUUCGUUCAAGUUGAACAACACAGACGUCGAGGACUUCCUCGACACCCUCCUCGACGAUAUCCUCGCGCGCAUCUCGCCCUACACUGCCUACUUCCACACCGGUGGUGACGAGUACAAGGCCAACAACUCGCUCAUCGACCCCGCCCUCGAAACCAACGACGUGCAGAUACUCCAGCCCAUGCUCCAGCGCUUUUUGACCCACGUGCACGACAAGGUCGUCGAGCACGGCCUGACCCCGUUUGUCUGGGAGGAGAUGGUCCUCGAGUGGAACGCCACCGUCCCCGAGGGCGCCGUCAUCCAGUCCUGGCUCGGCGAGGGGGCCGUCAAGGAGCUCGCCGAGAACGGGCACAAGGUCGUCGACUCGAGCUACAACUUUUACUACCUCGACUGCGGUCGCGGGCAGUGGCUCGACUUCCCCAACGGCAAGAGCUGGCAGACAUUCUACCCCUUCACCGACUGGUGCCAGCCCACCAAGUCGUGGCGCCUCAUCUACUCGCACGAUCCCCGCGACGGCGUGGCGGACGAGGCCAAGAAGAACGUCAUUGGCGGCGAGUGCCCCGUCUGGGCCGAGACGAUCGACCCGGCCACCCUGGACGGCCUCGUCUGGCCGCGCGCCGGUGUCGCGGGCGAGGUCUGGUGGAGCGGUAACGUCGACGCGCAGGGCAACAACCGCACGCAUUACGAGGUCAGGCCGCGCCUGAGCGAGCAGCGCGAGAGGAUGUUGACGAGGGGUGUCAAGGGGAGCGUCAUCACCCAGCAGUGGUGCGACAUGAACAAGCCUGAGGACUGUGGCCACAUGGAGCAGUAG